CCCAGUUUAGAAACGACAACAAUGGCGGAAAACCCGGAAGCAGUUGUAGUGGAGCCGCAAUUUUCGAAAAUUGUAGAUGGCUUGCAUGGGGCCGAAGGUCCAGUGUUUGACAGAAACGGGAACUUUUUCAUGGUAGCUCCAGAAAUAGAGAAAGAUGGAAAAUUUGCGGGACAAGUUUUGAAAGUGGACUUAAUCAAUAAACAGGCGAGUGUGCUGUGUGAGCCGGUGGUGGAGGGGGAGGGGGGAGUCCCAGCAGGCUGUCAGUGUGACAAGGAAGGGAACCUGUGGAUCGCGGACAUGAGACUUGGAAUCAUCAAAGUCACCCAGGAUGGACAGAUGACACAGGUGUGUCGCCAGGACAGCGAGGGACGUCCGAUGCAGGGAUGUAAUGACUGCAUAUUUGACUAUCAGGGGUCCCUGUGGGUCACAGCGCCAGCAGGAGAGAUAGCUCCAGCUCCAUACACAAGGUCAAUGGAGGAGCCAUUUGGAUCAGUGUACUGCAUGCUGACAAGUGGUCAAGUUGUCCGAGUGGACACUGGUAUUCGUUUUCCCAACGGCAUUGCAGUUCUACAUACAGAUGACGGGCGUCCCAAGAAGCUGAUCGUGGCAGAGACCCCCACUAAGUUGCUGUGGAGUUAUGACAUUGUGGAGCCAGGCAAAGUUGCCAAUAAAACUAUCUGGGGACGACUAUCAGGUGACCACGAGGGAGGAGCAGACGGACUGGAUUUCGAUGCAGACAACAAUCUCCUGGUGGCUCACUGGGGCAGUGGAUUUAUUGAAGUAUUCAACUCUCAGGGAGGCCAGCCACAGAAGAGAAUCAAAUGCCCAUUUAUGAGAACCAGCAACCUUCAUUUCAAACCCAAGUCCAACACAGUGUACGUCACAGAGCAUGACAAUCAUGGUCUAUGGGAAUUCAAGUGGGAAAACCAGGGGAAAACCCAAAAAUGUGAGAUGUUGUUUGACUAGACAGUCAAACAGACAGGAGCUCCUAGGUUGUUGUCCAUAGGUGACCAAAAGAGGCCAGUGGCGUGGACAUCGACUUGGAUGACAUCUUCCUCUUGUUCACCUAAACAUCACAUCUUUAGUGAUUAGUGGAGAUGGUGCCUUAUAUUCUUAUCUAAUGUCCAUGCUAUAGACCCAGCAACUUGCAUUUUAGGCCCAAGCCCUUUAGGCCCAAGUAGGCUCCAUGUCCAUGGGCCAGGGAUGUGUCUGGGUGAGAAGCGUAAGCCAUUCACCUGUGGGCUGUAUUAUACUUGAAGGCAAAAGAUACUGAUCACACACAUUUUUGUAACAUCUGAAAGUUUAUGAUAGUAAUGAUGGAAUAUAUGACCUUGCAGAAUACAUGCUAGUGUAAUCUGAACAUUUGGUCAAAAAGGUCAUGUCAUAUUUCUGUCCAAUGUAUAAAGGUGAAUAAUAAUGAAAUAUUGAUGUAUAACAAAUACCAAAAUUACUCUAAAAAGACAAAUUACCAUCAAUAUUCCAUGAAGACUUUAUUUUAUAUACGUUUUAGAUACUUACUGGAAUAAGAAUAUUAUCAGUUUCUUAGCCAUUGAGUAGUGUUUUGUCUUGUGUGCAAAACUGUUGCUUUGUGGAUGCUGUGCUACUAUGGAACACCAGUGCCAUACAGUGCCAUAAGUCACUUGUGAUGAUUGUUUAACAGUCUUUGAUUUAUUAUUUAUAUAUUUAUGUCCAUUGUGGAAGUAGUUAAUGUAGACUGGCUCAAAAAGGAAGAAAUGGCAAGGCUUUCUGUUGAAGACAGAUUAGCAAAUAUUGAUAAUGAAAUGUAGAUAUUUUGCCUGAAAGGUGGUACAUUGCAAAUACAGCUAAGAUACCUCUGUAAGGAAGGAUAUAGAAACAAAAUAUGGAACUAACUUUUAGAACAUGCAAAGUUCAAAAUAUCUUAAUGAAGUCAUAUAUUUUUCUUGGUUUUGGUGUUGUAAUAUAUUGUUGACUGAAUACAGUUGAUGUUCCAUCAGGUGUAUAUUUCAUCUGAGUCUGAGAACUAUGACAGAUUGUAUAGGUGGUGGGAUGUGUGGUCUGUGUACCGGUCACUGAAAAUUAUGCCCUGUUGGGAACUAAAGGUUUUGUUCGUGCAAGUGCAUAUUUAUGUUUAUUUAUUAUUUAUGUUUAACUGAACUAGCUCAAAAACUCCUUUUACAGUCAACAGAAGAGCUCCUAUGGAAGAUUUAACAUACAAGCAGUUGCAGUGAAGCUGUUGCGGCUGUGUAAUAAUUAAUCUCCACGGUAACUGCAUGUGAAUGUAGCAUCAUUGUGCCUCAACGCUGUUAGUGAACCACAUUGUCAGUGUGAUGAAAUACACAUUACUGAGACAUCAGCUUAUUUCAUUUGCAUAGCAAAUACAGUUGAAACCAACAUUUGAUUUUUCAGCAUUAAGGGGUUGGUAUUUUCAUGACGCAAAGCAACUGUGAUCAUAGAGAGUUUUAGAGAGUAAAAUAGCUGCACCAUGCAAUAUCACGCUUUACCUCUGAUAGGGAAUGAAAAGUUUUAAAUGUGAUAUUUCACAAUAACAUGCUUAGAGAACAAUGGAGAAAAACCCCAGUUAAUUUCAGAUAGUCGAAUUGUUGACUUUUUCCUUAUGCAUGAAGAGAGUACUGUAGGUUAUGUACUUCUAAUAAUUCACUAUAUGCCAAAUGACAUGAUCAAAUUGUUUUGGAGUAUGGGAGUGAGACUUAUUUUAGGAGGUUUCUAGCAACAUUAUACAGUUGUGUUGUGAAUAUCCCGACAGUAGACUGAUCAUGCCAUCCUUUACUUCAGCAUUCCCUGACUGCAAGAAGUUGGUGCUUUCAGAUAUUUGUAUUUCCUGCCAUAUGGGAACAUUUUUCUUGGAUGUACAACUAUGGUUGUCAAAUUAAACAAAUAUGUUUUAUAUUUAUAUUUCAGUUUUCAUAUAUGCUUACAGACUUGAUCUCUUGUCUUAAUGUGAAAUGACAUCUUUUAUAUCAGAAUAUAUAGUCAACACAAAACA